GUGAUCACUUCCGGGUUGCAAAUUUCUUCCUGUCUGGGUUCCACACUAGGAGAAGAGAGGUCACAGCGAGGGCUGUCAGGACAGUGCACACUCAUGGUAACUUAUUGACUGAGUGCAAUGGCCAGCUCCCAGGCAGAGCUCAGCAACCAACAGCAGCAACCACAGCAUAGGACUGUGCAGGUAUCCCAAUAUAUUCACAUUCCAGGACUGUGCAGGUAUCACAAUAUAUUCACAUUCCAGGACUGUGCAGGUAUCUCAAUAUAUUCAUAUCCCAGGACUGUGCAGGUAUCCCAAUAUAUUCAUAUCCCAGGACUGUGCAGGUAUCCCAAUAUAUUCACAUCCCAGGACUGUGCAGGUAUCCCAAUAUAUUCACAUCCCAGGACUGUGCAGGUAUCCCAAUAUAUUCAUAUCCCAGGACUGUGCAGGUAUCCCAAUAUAUUCACAUCCCAGGACUGUGCAGGUAUCCCAAUAUAUUCACAUCCCAGGACUGUGCAGGUAUCCCAAUAUAUUCACAUCCCAGGACUGUGCAGGUAUCCCAAUAUAUUCAUAUCCCAGGACUGUGCAGGUAUCCCAAUAUAUUCAUAUCCCAGGACUGUGCAGGUAUCCCAAUAUAUUCACAUCCCAGGACUGUGCAGGUAUCCCAAUAUAUUCACAUCCCAGGACUGUGCAGGUAUCCCAAUAUAUUCACAUCCCAGGACUGUGCAGGUAUCACAAUAUAUUCACAUCCCAGGACUGUGCAGGUAUCACAAUAUAUUCACAUCCCAGGACUGUGCAGGUAUCCCAAUAUAUUCAUAUCCCAGGACUGUGCAGGUAUCACAAUAUAUUCAUAUCCCAGGACUGUGCAGGUAUCCCAAUAUAUUCUCAUCCCAGGACUGUGCAGGUAUCCCAAUAUAUUCAUAUCCCAGGACUGUGCAGGUAUCCCAAUAUAUUCACAUCCCAGGACUGUGCAGGUAUCCCAAUAUAUUCACAUCCCAGGACUGUGCAGGUAUCCCAAUAUAUUCACAUCCCAGGACUGUGCAGGUAUCCCAAUAUAUUCACAUCCCAGGACUGUGCAGGUAUUAUAUUCACAUCCCAGGACUGUGCAGGUAUCCCAAUAUAUUCACAUCCCAGGACUGUGCAGGUAUCCCAAUAUAUUCAUAUCCCAGGACUGUGCAGGUAUCCCAAUAUAUUCACAUCCCAGGACUGUGCAGGUAUCCAAUAUAUUCACAUCCCAGGACUGUGCAGGUAUCCCAAUAUAUUCACAUCCCAGGACUGUGCAGGUAUCCCAAUAUAUUCACAUCCCAGGACUGUGCAGGUAUCCCAAUAUAUUCACAUCCCAUGACUGUGCAGGUAUUCCAAUAUAUUCACAUCCCAGGACUGUGCAGGUAUCCCAAUAUAUUCACAUCCCAGGACUGUGCAGGUAUCCCAAUAUAUUCACAUCCCAGGACUGUGCAGGUAUCCCAAUAUAUUCAUAUCACAGGACUGUGCAGGUAUCCCAAUAUAUUCACAUCCCAGGACUGUGCAGGUAUCCAAUAUAUUCACAUCCCAGGACUGUGCAGGUAUCCCAAUAUAUUCAUAUCCCAGGACUGUGCAGGUAUCCCAAUAUAUUCACAUCCCAGGACUGUGCAGGUAUUCCAAUAUAUUCAUAUCCCAGGACUGUGCAGGCAUCCCAAUAUAUUCAAAUCCCAGGACUGUGCAUGUCCCAAUAAAUUCAUAUCACAGGACUGUGCAGGUGUCACAAUAUAUUCAUAUCACAGGACUGUGCAGGUGUCACAAUAUAUUCAUAUCCCAGGACUGUGCAGGUAUCCCAGGACUGUGCAGGUAUCCCAAUAUAUUCAUAUCCCAGGACUGUGCAGGUAUCCCAAUAUAUUCAAAUCCCAGGACUGUGCAGGUGUCACAAUAUAUUCUCAUCCCAGGACUGUGCAGGUAUCACAAUAUAUUCUUAUCUCAGGACAGUACAGUUAUCCCAGUGGGUGCAGAACAUGGGUCUGUCCAGAUUCCAAGUUAGGUGCAGUUUUUGUACCAAGUUUCUAUUGAUAAUGUAGUGCCUGAUAUUAUGAAUUGGAAAUGAUCAGGAAUUUAGUCUACACACCACCACUUUUUUUUUUUGUAUUUCAUAUAAAUUUUUCUUCCAUGUUUUACUGAGUAAUAAUGUAAGAAAAAGUAAUGCUCAGAUAGUGUAAAUCCCCCCCUUUCUACUUUACAGUUUGUGCAACAUGUGAGGUACAUUAAUCAGGAAUAGGUGGAAUGUAUCAGAUUUCCUGCAGUCCAGUGUUUUAAUGAAAUACGUAUUGGAGAUGUAUCAGUUACCAAGUCACUAGUAUGACUAUUAAUAUUAAUUGAAAUGGAUCAGAAAUGACCUGUACAGGUAGUCAUUUUUUCCAUAUAAUCCCUAUCUCAUAAUGGGUAACCUUACAAGGUGUUUUAUUUUCUUUCAAUGUGUUACAGUGAAAUGAUCUUACCGGGGUCUAGUUGAUGCUUGAAAUUAUUUAAACUAUUCUAUCAAGCUGCUGUUUGAGGGGGAAAAAAAUAAAUCUGAAUUCAUAGACAAUUCCUUACUAUUUUUUCAAGGCGCCAGGUGCUGGUUAUGUUCCUUCUGAAGAAGAGAGACGUGUAUUCAGAGAAUGUAACAAUGAGAGUUUUUGGUACAGAUGUAAGUAUUGUAAUUUUCUGACGAAAUACUAAUGAUCUUUUCUAGCAUGAUACAUUAACCCAAAAACAUUUAGGCCAAGACAUCUGUUUUCAGUUUAACUACUUUGUCCCAAAAUUUGAAAGUCGCAUGAUAUGCCCACAAUUCACACGUGCAAAUUUCUGCAGGAAAGCAAUUCUUUAUUUUUUUGUGUUUUUUUUCUUAUUUUGUUUUGAAUAUUUUUAUUGUGUGCACAAUAUAAAGUCAUACAUCAAAUUGAUUUGUAAUAAAGCAAGUGAUUGCCCACGCAGGGGCUUAAGCAUUGGUUUAACACUGCAUAUACAUUUGGUUGCCUGCGUAGAGGCGGAUUUGUCCUAGCCUGUGUUUUUUGUUCAAAGUUGGUUGCUUUGUGUUUUAUACUCUUAUGUACUGUGUUGUCUUUUUAGUUCGGUUAUAGCGUUAAGUAAGUGUUUUAAGUUAACUGGUGUGUGCCAGGGCUGCGUGUUUGCUAGUUGGUAAAUGCAAAUUGUCUCCUGUGCAGAGGCAAAUUAAUCAGCUUGCUAAUUGGAGUCAGACAUUAAGCAAUAAUCUAAGAUACAAAAACUUUUUCAACUUUUAGCAUAAGGAGCAUAUUUGUUUUUAGUCUGCUGCAUUAAUAUAUAACAAAGCUAUUUGGAUAUCAGGUUUACAGUAAUAAGCGACUGUACAGUCUAUCAUGCCGCAGUCAGCAAUUAAGUAUGCAUCAGUAUCUACCUUUGGUUCCUAUGGGCAUUUUGGUAUUAACUGUACAUUCCUUUGGUAUUUUAAACCUGCAUCAUAUAAACGAAAUUGAUAAAAACGGAAAAAAUGAAUGCAGCUGUUAAGACACAAAUGCGAGCUAUCCAUCAACAGGGUGGCUCUGUCCGUCCCCAUGUCUGUCUGGGGGAGUCUCUCAUGGUGCUGCUUCCACACUGUCCCUGGGGUGCCUGGCCUCCUUCCCUCACCCCCACGCCGAUCUCCGCUCACCGGUCGGGUCCCCCACAGUUCCGUGGGCACUCGGGAGCUUAAAUUGUCCGUUGGGCCCCACCACAUAAGUCCUCCGGCCGUUCGCUCCCUGCACCUCCCCGGCCCCGCUUGGGUUCCUUGAGGAGUGUGUUCCUGCGUCUCACCCGAAGCCGGCCGCAUGCUUGGAGCCGUGUCCGCCCCCCACGACCACCGGUCCGUCGAGGGGGGCGGCACAGUCCCGUCUCACCGGGCUCACAGCGCCAGGGACUAGGCUUUCUGGGGACCCCUGACCCAAAUGCCCGGGCACACACCUCUCCCGUGGUCGAGGUCAUGGCCUGGUGGAUCCGUCCGGCACCUGGCCCUGCCAGGGCCCGUGUGACCCGCCCAUGUUGGUCCCUUUUGGUGCUUCUCCUGCUGGGGUAAGUCUUCAGGCGGACUGUAUUUGUUGCCUUUACCCGUUUAGGCGGGCAGCUUGGAUCCCACGCGGUAUCUUCCGCCCCGGAGGGUGCCGCUGCCAUGUGGCAUGGGUUACCCCCCACCCCCAGCCGGAUAGGGGAAAAAUGGGGGGGGGAGCGGAGCCGAGCCGCCUCUUGCCUUGGAGAAUUCUUCCAGGUAGCUGUUGUGGCCGGUAUAUCAUUGCCCCCCGUCUGCCUGUCAGUUCGUGUCGGCGGGGGUCGCCAUCUUUCAUGUGCGUGAUGGUGCAAAGGCCUGCUUGUUUGUUUGCAGUGUUCCUUGCUUGAGAUCUGCCUCUGUUUGGGAUCCCCAGGAAGCUUGGGUGCUGUUUGUUAAAUGUGGAUCCGCCAAAUCGUUUUCAGGGUGUUGUGGGCGCUUAUUUUGCGGGGUUUUUCCGGGCUCAGGCCUGGAGGCAUAGUGUGUUGCUGCCUCUCAGUUCGGCGGCCCGGCUCCGCCCCCUCUUUUUCUUAUUUUGUAUUUUUGCAGUGCAUUUGAUUUUAACAGACAAGCAUGAGGUACCCCAACGGCACUCCUCAAGCAUAGUUUCACGUAUUACAAUUGGGGUAAAGAGAUUGCAUGCACAGUUUUAUAAUAGAAAGUAACAAGAUUGAACAGUUGAGUCAGGUUAGACAUGUUAUACGAAGAAUAAAAAGAAGGCUGGGUAAUCUGACAGGAUGGGUAUUAAACUCAGAAACGUAUAAAGAGCUGCGAUCAUGUGUAUUCAAUAUGUCUGAGGGGGUGUGGGUGGGUUAUCAAAUAAUGGGUUCGGUGGGGUCGGUUGGUUUGGCUAAGUGAAGCCACCGAGCGCAAGUGAUGUGUUGCGGGUUAGUUGUCUCGGUCCAGCAGGGUGCUAUUCAUAGCGGAGUUAAACUAGGUGGCUCGUGCUGUAUAAGGCAGCCGUUUGGGUAAUAGCUGUUUCCGUGACAUCAUGGUCUAGGGCAGGGGUAGGCAACCUUUUAGCAGCACUGUGCCGAUAUAGGGUUGUGAUGUCCCCUAGCGUGCCGGUCCUAUUUUAUUUUUUUAAGGUGUGUAUGCUGCCGUAUUCUGUUUGUGUUAUUUUUACUGUAAUCGCUUUGUAUUGUUGUAUUUGUGCGUAUAUGAGCUAUUAUAUUGUAUAUGUUCAUGAGUAGUUUAUGGUAUUGUGUAUGAUAUAUAUGAAUGUGGGCUGUGCAUGGGGGUACCUUGUGGAAUUGUGUGUGUGUGUGUGGAUGGAUAUGUCACAUUGUGUGUUUGGUAGUGUGUGGGGGCUGUUUGGGGUAUUGCAUAUCAGAGGCUGCAUGUGGGGUUGUGUGAAUGUAUGUGGAUUGUUAGUGGUGUUGCGUUUGUGCGGAUUGUAUGUAUGUUUGUGGGUGGCCUGUCCGUAUUAUUUGUAUGAGGAGAGGGUUAUUCUGCAUUUCUGUGUAUAUCUAGCAGUGUGAGUGGUUUCCCUGGGUUCCAGUGGGGACCAGGCCAGCCAGGUACAGGUCAAGGACAGGAGCUGCAACAACAACUGUGAGCUUCCCUAAUACUGUGUAGAUUCCCAUUCCAAGUGCUGGAAUGAAGUGCUCUGAGAUCACUUCCUCUACAUUCUGCAAUGGAUAAAUUGAGGAUUGUCCUUCACCACCUCUUUGUAUUAGCAGAUAUCUGAAGCAUUGAGUGCCGUACAAAGGCACCUCGAGUGUUGUGCAUGGCACUAGUGCCGUCGGUUGCCUACCCCUGGUCUAGGGAGUAAAGUGGCUGGUUUAGUAGUGUCAUGGGCAGUGGGUUAUAAGGGGCAAACUCUGUGUCAUAUGCAAUGUGUAAUGGAAAAAAAACCCCCAUAAAAUAACAUGAGUUCUGCAUUAUCAUGGACAUCAAGACAUACGGAAUUAGCGUCCAUGUGUGUCUGGGUAGCGUCCCGUUAUGCAUGUGGUGGAGACCGCCCGCUAGUUGGUCACAGCCACUUCCUCUGUUGGGGUUUGUGUCAGCGGCGCUGGAUAGUUGCAAAGGAUGGCGGACAGCCAGAGGCAGGCCUGUUGUGCCCUCCAGCUCCGGGCCAGUUGUAAGGCCGGCAUUCUGUAACCACGGACUCGGGAACUUCUGGAGACCGGGUCCUUCCCUGUUGGGAUCGGUCUGGAAGCCUUGGUGGUGUUGUGCCGCCUGCGGCGGGCGGGCCUCCGCCUGCGUGGUAGAUGCUCCGGGGUCACUCCCCUGUUGGCCUUUGGCCCAGAUGAGCUAGUGUGGGUAGUUGCAGAUUGCUUCUUCAAGAUUGUGCCCAAGGGUGUCUCGGCCCCGUUCUGGCUGACGCCACUCUGUCGUCUCUUUGUGCUCCGACUCUCCUGCAGCCGCGUCUGUGUAACUGCGUGUCGGGCCUCAAUCCUUGCCCAAAAGGUAUCGAACAGCUCGUUUAGGCGGGUGGUCAAGGGCUCAAUUGUGCUGAGGCUGUACUCCAAAGGCGCACAUAUCCCUUUUGGGUUGCAUGUCCAUCAUUUUGGGGUGGCGAAUGGCCUGCAAGCUUGGUGCGUGGUUGAGGCUUGUGCCCUUGUUAGGGGUCCACGGAGGCAUAUGUAUUGUAAAGAUUGGGACCGGGAUAACUCCCACCGGUCCUGAGUACCGCGGAUGCUGUGUUCGUUUAUGGGCUGGGAGAGCGGCCGUCUCUCCCCUGCUCAGCGUGGUGUAGGCCCCAAGCCUGGGUUCAAGAUUUCCAGUGGGCAUUCUGGUCAUGUGGUGUAUCCCCUGGUUCAGCAACUUCUGUGUAGCAAGAUUAGGUAUGUUGGGGUUCUAGAUUAGAAGAUUUGCCCACGGUUUUAUCUGAUAAUCAGGCCCAGGCUCGGGAGCUCACGGACAGUGAGUCUGCUCCGCUCCACAGUCAGGCUCCACCCCCUCAGCAAUUCUUUAUUUUUGUGCGAAGAUAGUCUGUUAUAGCAGCAAUUCUAAAAUACUUGCAGUUCAUGUUUGUCUGGAUUUACCAUUGUUCAGGGGUUCCCAAAAGGUAAAUCCCAAGAUGUAUUAAACUCCAACUCCCAUGAUGCUUUGCAUGCCUUUAGAAAAAGAAAGCACCAUUGUAGUUGUAGUUUUACAACAUCUGGGGAUCUACCUUUUGGGAACCCCUGGUUUGGACAGACAGUUGCUGUAAAGCAAAUAUCUAAUGGAAUAUAUUAAUGGGGCCAUAUUCCUCUGGUGGUGGUAUAUUGGUGAGCCACCACUCAUUGCUUAUUAAAUUACAUUUUAGCAUAAUUAAGGCUAAAAUAGUGGAACUGUAACAAAAGCUGGGUUGGAUCAUUUUUCCUGCUAUUUUAGCCUCAAUUAUGCCAGAUUUGAUUAACUGACAUUUGUUAUUUAGUAAACAAACCCUCAAUGGCUGUCAGAACUCUUGAUGUGAAAAGGCACUGUUCUUGGCGGCUGGUAACACCCAUUAUGGGGUAGUAAAACCACCAUAACCACUACACUAUUUUACAGAGACUGUCCAAGAAAUGCAACAUAUUCUCUCUUUUUUGUGUGCCUGCUUUAGUAUUGAUUCAAUACUCUCUGUAAAUGUUAUGGUAUCUUGCAGAAGUGUAAGGAAAUUUUUUUUUUAUGGUAUUCAUGCACAAUUGAACUCCUAGUUAUUUAGUCUGACAAAAAGGCCUAUGUGUUUAUAGCUCUUAUUGACUCUUUAAAAUAGAAAUACAUGCUGGCGCUAAGUAAGUAAAAUCCCAUCUCAAUCUCUUGCCGUGGUGAAUUCUGUAAUAUGUUUUCUGUGUAUUCCCACCUUCCUGGUUAGUAUAAGACUGGUCCCUCUGACACUGAUUAGAGUUAGCUAUUCUUCAUCUUGCAGCUGGAUGUAGAUCUCCUGAUAACAAGUUCAUUAGCAUUAAGACAGCUGAUCACCUCCCUAAGACGAUCUUCACUAAUCCGUUGGGUGAAGCAUGUCAUGUGAGCAACAUUAAUGCAAAGGAAUUAUUAUAGUUUUGCAUAUUUUAUGUAGCAGGUAUGGUGGGUUGGUAGGUAUUUUUUGAUAACAUUAUUCUCCUUAGUGUUUGCCGUUUCUGUUUUUUGACUAAACAUGUACGAUCAAGGCACUGUAAAUGUAAGCAAUAUUUUAUCUAAUGAGCGUCUAUUCCUGUAGUUCUUAUCAGGAUAUUGGUUAUCUACUCAUGCUUAUGCCAUUAUUAUUUUUUUUAAUCCCUCACUGUUUGUAAAUUGAUGGAGGGUUCACUAGCCUCCAGUUACCUGGUGUCAGAGAUGUGAAAAAUGAGUUUUGGUGUAAGUAGAGGAAUCUGUCUAUAUUUGUGUUUUACUGUCUUAAGUGCUUUCCUCCUAUAAGCAAUAUGAUUACUAGAGAUUUAUGAGUUUAGAGGACCACACUGGACAUCAAAACUGCUUCGUGUGAAUGAAGUGGUUAUGGUGCGCAUUCUCUGCUGGCACCUUCUUAACUGUAAGUGUUAAGCCAUUUUCGUACAAGUUAAAACAAAUAUUGUUAGGAUACUGCACAUAGGAACACUGAUCAUAAGUGUCUUUUUAAAUUUUGUAUUUGUUUAUUUAAGCAUGCCAGCAGUUAGCAAUCAAAAUACAUAAAGGAAAAAGCACUGCAGUAACAAUAUGGUCACAUAGAAUACAGCACAAAUAUAGAGACAUUUAGUGUAAUUACAGGUGACCCCAACUUCAGGUAGGAGUAAAUCAAUAAGGCAGUAUGCGCAAUAAACUAACCAUCAGUAAGUUUUUUUGUUUUUGUUUUUUUUUUGUUGGUUUUUUUUAUAUGAAAAAAAAAUAACAUGUUGAACAGUAAACGUAGAGAGUGAAAGUAGCCUCUGAACAUAAUCCUCUUCCACAUGCUUUAGACACUUUUCUCUACUGACUUAUAUGGUCACACCAUAGCAACUGUACCGACCAUAGGUCGCACCAUACCGAACCAUGAAUAACUACCAAGCUGGUGUGAAAUAAAUCCGGGAGGAAUAAGAGCAAUAGAGGAGGGACAUAGACAGGAGGAAGAGAAGUUGGGAUGCCGGGGAAGGGACGGGAAUGAGAAAAGCGGAUUAGGUCACCACAUAGUGCCAGGUCUAAAUUUUGCUGUUUCCACCUAAAGGGGUCAACCUGUCAUAAGAGUGUCUUUUGCCAAACCCGUGCACCGUAUAGAGAGCCCACGAACCACAAUAUAUCACUAUUGAUACAUGUAGAGAUCAACACUUUAGUGGACUCCCCUACUAUGCCUCAUUACAAAUGUGGAAGCAUUUGCUUGAGCAGCAGUGAUAUGCUGAGAGCGUCAGCUGGACACAGUGAGUAGUCCUUCAAAGAAGUAAUGGAGCCAAAGGUGAGGAAUCUGGAUAACCCUUUGGGAGACUCCAUUUAAGUAUUACACCUUUUGAAAAUGCUUUAACACUUAAGGCUAAGAAAGCCCCAGUGGACUGCAGGAACCAUAACCAUUUUGUUGAUGUGAAGUACCCUUGAUAAUUUAUUUUUCUUAGCAUCCAUUAACUUUAAUGGAAGUAUCGCGUGACUUCAGCAAUUAAUCAGGUUGCACAUAGUAAUGACUAAGAAAAACGAGGGUUGUUGCGUUGCACAAACUUGUUAGGAGCCUGUUAGUGUGUGAUGCCACCUGUAAAAUUGACAUUUUAACAGUGUAUUUCCUUUUGUUCCAGCUGUUCCUUUCAGUGCAGUAGGCAUGGUUGUAACACAGGGCCUUAUCUCCAAAGGUAAAGAUUUUAUUAUUUUCUAAAUAGCACAGUAAAUUACUUUGAAUAACUUUCAGUACGAUAUUGAAGAUGUUUGCAUUUAUUCUUUGUGUGAGAGUUCUCAUGUUGAUCCAAGGUGACAGGGGUUCAGUGGUAAGGAUGUGAGAAUCACAACCAUGACUUCAUGGCUAAAGUCAAGUGUGUCUCUCUAAACAAAUCAUAUGCAUGCAACUAUCUGCAUGGUGCCGCUAUUAUUAAAGGGAAACUAUAGUACAGGUAUCCCAAUAUAUUCAUAUCCCAGCACUGUGCAGGUAUCCCAAUAUAUUCAUAUCCGAGCACUGUGCAGGUAUCACAAUAUAUUCAUAUCCCAGGACUGUGCAGGUAUCCCAAAAUAUUCACAUCCCAGGACUGUGCAGGUAUCCCAAAAUAUUCACAUCCCAGGACUGUGCAGGUAUCCCAAUAUAUUCACAUCCCAGGACUGUGCAGGUAUCCCAAUAUAUUCACAUCCCAGGACUGUGCAGGUAUCCCAAUAUAUUCACAUCCCAGGACUGUGCAGGUAUCCCAAUAUAUUCACAUCCCAGGACUGUGCAGGUAUCCCAGUAUAUUCAUAUAUCAGAACUGUGCAGGUAUCCAAUAUAUUCAUAUCUCAGGACUGUGCAUGUAUCACAAUAUAUUCACAUCCCAGGACUGUGCAGGUAUCUCAAUAUAUUCUUAUCUCAGGACAGUACAGUUAUCCCAGUGGGUGCAUGUCUCAAGACUGUGCAGGUAUUUCACUGGGUGCAUGUCUCAGGGCUGUGCAGGUAUCUCAGAUAUAUCUUAUAUAUAUUUUGUCAUACGAAGUGUAUUUAUAUGUUAAUAUAUACAUAUAUUAAUUAAAAAAAUAUAAUUUAUAUAUUAAUUAAAUUACACACGUGUAUAUACAUAAUAUGUAUAACUAUAUUGUGUGUGCGUGUGUAUGUAUAUGUGUGUGUGUGUAUAUGUGUAUGUAUGUAUAUGUGUGUGUGUAUAUAUAUAUAUAUAUAUGUGUGUGUGUAUAUAUAUAUAUAUAUAUAUGUAUAUAUAAUAUAUAAAUCAAAAAAAUACCGGCACUCUAGGCUUUCUUCAUCCAAUUUAUUGUAUGGUUCCCAAAUUGUCAACGUUUCAGCUCCCGAUUGGAGCUUUCAUCAGGACACAUGAAAUAACAUAACUACACAUGACUUACAUAUAUAAGACACAUAAUUAUAAUUCACUCACCAUGUACAGGUGAAACACAUUUCAUCAAGUGCCUGGCGUGCACUAAGCGUAAGUGCGCAUGUGUAUCAGCCUCUAAGCCACCCCCGAGUCAGGAAGUAGCUGUAGCCAAUCGCUUAACUGCGGGAACGUCACAGCUCCAUGGCAACCGUUUGUAAACAUGGUCGCCGCUGUGUAAACAGAAGCCGCAGGGAGAUUCUCUCCUUUAUCCACGAUCGGCUAGCCCCACGUCCGACAACAAGAGUGGUUUAUGGGCAUUACUAUGGCAACAAACCGACAUUAUAUUGCUGGGAAAUAAAAAUGCCUGGUUAUUAUUUGCAACAAAAUUAUAUUCCAUUAGACAAACAUAGUUCCGUGAUUUUUAUACUGAAGCUUAUAUCUCUAUUCUAAUCCAUGGUCUAAAACCCAAAUUAAACCACAAAACGUGAUGAUGUGCAUAAUUGUGAAAACAUAAGUAUGUACAAGACAUGUAAGAUAAACAUUACAUGAAGGAAUAAUGUAAGUGACUUAAAAAGAGUUAUGUUUAUAUGUCAAUUAAUAAGUGUUAUUUACAUAAUUGUAAUCAAAUGGUGUGAAAUGUGCCAAACAAAUUUCUGAAAGCUACAAGGUGCUAAAAUGUGCAAAAAUAUAAUAAUAAGGUGUUGAUUAAGUACUAUUAACUCUUGACAUUCCUGUCCAAUAUGUGUAUCUCUACAUAAUAAAGUAUAGGCUAGGUUAGGCCCGGAACUUAAUAAUAAAAAAAAAAUUUUGAAAAAGGAAAAAGUAGUUGCUACAUUGCUAUUAUCUCCAAAAAAUAUUUGUUGCACCGGCUAUUGAUGAAAGAACACCUGACCAUAAGGUGAGGAAUAUAUGGAUUAUUAUCAGAUACAUAAAUUCAACAAUAUAUCUAAAAGAUUAAAAAAAUCACUUUGUUAGGUUAAGGGUUAUAAAUCUCCAGUUUAUAUAUAGAGAUAUUUUUUAUAAGAAUGGGAUAAAAGAACAUUUUUCAUUUAAACCUUUUGGAGACAAUGUGCCCAAUUCUAGUAUCCAGAAAGUCUCUCUCUGUAACAAGAGCUUAGCUCGGUUUCCCCCUCUAGGUGCCACGGGCACAUGAUCAAUUGCUACACAUCGUAGAGUAGAGAGUUGAUGUUGUUUCUCUAGAAAAUGUCGGGCCACAGGUUUGUCCGAUUUGCCAUCUCGAUAGGCCAAACGGAUACUUGACCUGUGGCCUCUAAUUCUCUCGCAUAGAGCUGUCUCAGUUUUGACAAUAUAACUCAAUCCACACUGGUACAUUAGUUUAUAUAUGACAAACUCUGUGUGGCAAUGUAUUCUAUGGGCAAUCUUAUAGAUCUUUCCGGUGUGGGGAUGAGAGAAAGUCUUAGAGGGAAUAAGAUGUCCACAGGUUACACACCCUAAACAUCUCUCACAACCAUUAAUCUUCUCCAUUGUGGGUGGUUUAUAACAGUGGAUAGGAUCCGUUUUUAACAACAAGUCCCUUAAGUUCUUAUUUCUUUUAUAACAAAACAUAGGUCUGUCUGUUAACUCUUUGGGGAGCGUUGGAUCUUGCUUAAGAAUAUUCCAGUUUCGAGUAAUAGACUCAGUUAUCUGUUUGCUAGCAGAGUGUAACUUCAUUGGGAAUACUGUUCUCAUUUGUAAUUCCUUUAGGGGUACUAUCCCUCCUAAAUAUUGUUCUCUGGCUUUAAGAAGAGCUUUAUCUAAUAACGGUCGUUUGUAUCCUCUUUUUAUGAAUUUCAAAUACAUAGUUCUUAAUUGUAUCUCGCAUUGUUCUUCCUGGGAAUUGUUCCGAUACACCCUCAGGAAUUGCGAUAGAGGUAGUGAGUUCUUCAAAUGCUGUGGAUGAAAACUUCCGGAGUGUAAGAUGGUGUUUUGAUCAGUAGGUUUGGUGUAUAACCUAUACUCCAAUUUUUUAUUAAUAACUGUCAGCUCGACAUCAAGGAAUUGGACAUUUUAUGAAUCAAUUUUGGAGGUCACUUUGAUGGGAGUAGGUAACUCAUUAAUAUAUUCAACGAAUGCUACUGCUUCUGUAUGUGUUCCUCUCCAAAGGAUCAGAAUGUCAUCUAUGAACCGAUAGUAUCUUACUAUUUGUUCUUGAUAUCUUGUUAUAAUGUAUUCUUGUUCGAAAUCGAACAUGAAAGUAUUUGCAUACAUGGGGGCCAUCGCUGCCCCCAUGGAAGUUCCAGAAAUCUGUAGAAACCAUUUUGUUUCAAAUCGAAAGUAAUUGUACUUUAGAGCUAAUUUGUUUGGCACAUUUCACACCAUUUGAUUACAAUUAUGUAAAUAAACACAUAUAGUGUUAAAUAACACUUAUUAAUUGACAUAUAAACAUAACUCUUUUUGAGUCACUUACAUUAUUCCUUCAUUUAAUGUUUAUCUUACAUGUCUUGUACAUACUUAUGUUUUCACAAUUAUGCACAUCAUCACGUUUUGUGGUUUAAUUUGGGUUUUAGUCCAUGGAUUAGAAUAGAGAUAUCAGCUUCAGUAUAAAAAUCACGGAACUAUGUUUGUCUAAUGGAAUAUAAUUUUGUUGCAAAUAAUAACCAGGCAUUUUUAUUUCCCAGCAAUAUAAUGUCGGUUUGUUGCCAUAGUAAUGCCAAUAAACCACUCUUGUUGUCGGACGUGGGGCUAGCCGAUCGUGGAUAAAGGAGAGAAUCUCCCUGCGGCUUCUGUUUACACAGCGGCGACCAUGUUUACAAACGGUUGCCAUGGAGCUGUGACGUUCCCGCAGUUAAGCGAUUGGCUACAGCUACUUCCUGACUCGGGGGUGGCUUAGAGGCUGAUACACAUGCGCACUUACGCUUAGUGCACGCCAGGCACUUGAUGAAAUGUUUUACCUGUACAUGGUGAGUGAAUUAUAAUUGUGUCUUAUAUAUGUAUGUCAUGUGUAGUUAUGUUAUUUCAUGUGUCCUGAUGAAAGCUCCGAUCGGGAGCUGAAACGUUGACAAUUUGGGAACCAUACAAUAAAUUGGAUGAAGAAAGCCUAGAGUGCUGGUAUUUUUUUGAUUUUUCUGUAUUUAUCUGACUUGGCACCGGGUAUUGAAUUAUUUAGUUGGAGUGCAGGAGUUUGUUUUCAUUAUAUAUAUAUAUAUAUAUAUAUAUAUAUAUAUAUAUAUAUAUAUAUAUAUAUAUAUAUAUAUAUAUAUAUAUAUAUAUAUAUAUAUAAUAAAAAUGUAAAAAUAAUAUAUGUAAUUUUAUUCAAACUGUAUUUUGAUAUUAAUAUAUAUAUUUCUAUCAAAAUGCACUUAUAUAUAAAGAAAGGAUACCGGCACUCAAGGAAUUUCAGAUGCACAUUGAAAAGUAAACUUUUGAAAUUCCUUGAGUGCCGGUAUCCUUUCUUUAUCUACAUCUGAGCCACCAGAGCACCAGGUACUGUUUUUUUUUUAUAAGUUGGAGUGCAAGGGCCCUUUGUAUUUUUGUGUAUGUAUGUGUGUGUGUGUGUGUGUGUGUGUGUGUGUGUGUAUGUAUGUAUGUAUGUGUAUAUAUAUAUGUAUAUAUAUAUAUAUAUAUAUAUAUAUAUAUGUAUGUGUGUGUGUGUGUGUGUGUGUAUAUAUAUAUAUAUAUAUAUAUAUAUAUAUAUAUAUAUAUAUAUAUAUAUAUAUAUAUAUAUAUAUAUAUAUAUAUAUAUAUAUAUAUAUAUGUUAUUAUUUAUAUAGCGCCAACAAAUUCCGCAGCACUUUACAGUGGGUGGACGAACAAACAUGUAGUUGUAACCAGACAAGUUGGACAGUCAUGAACAGAGGGGUUGAGGGCCCUGCUCAAUGAGCUUACAUGCUAGAGGGAGUGGGGUAAAGUGACACAAAAGGUAAGGAUAGUAUUAGACUAAUGACAGUUGCAAGAGAGGAAUCAGUUGGGAGCUAUUUAGUUGAUACGCUUUUAUGAAGAAGUGGGUUUUUAAUGAUUUUUUUUGAAGGAGUGGAGACUGGGUGAGCAUCUAACGGAAGAGGAAAGUGAGUUCCACAGGAACGGUGCAGCCCUUGAGAAGUCUUGAAGGCAAGCAUCAGAGGUGGGAGUAUGGACAGAAGGUAGACGUAAGUCUUCAGCAGAGUGUAAGGGCCUAGACGGGACAUACUUGUGUAUUAGUGAGGAUAGAUAGGUGGGAGCAGCAUUAUGUAGAGAUUUGAAAGCAAGAACCAGAAUUUUAAAUUGAGCCCUAUAUCUUACAGGAAGCCAAUGUAGGGACUGACAGAAGGGUGAGGCGUGGGCAGUGCAGGCGGUAUACGAAUUAUCAUUAAAGGACCACUAUAGUGCCAGGAAAACAUACUCGUUUUCCUGGCACUAUAGUGCCCUGAGGGUGCCACCACCCUCAGGGUCCCACUCCCGCCCGGCUCUGGAAGGGGGAAAGGGGGUAAAACUUACCUUUUUCCAGCGCUGGGCGGGGAGCUCUCUGCCUCCUCUUCUCCUCCGAUCCUCCCCGCCGGCUGAAUGCGCACGCGCGGCAAGAGCUGCGCGCGCAUUCAGCCGGUCACAUAGGAAAGCAUUUACAAUGCUUUCCUAUGGACGCUGGCGUGCUCUCACUGUGAAAAUCACAGUGAGAAGCACGCAAGCGCCUCUAGUGGCUGUCAAUGAGACAGCCACUAGAGGAAAUAGGGGGAAGGCUUAACCCAUUCAUAAACAUAGCAGUUUCUCAGAAACUGCUAUGUUUAUUAAAAAAUGGGUUAACCCUAGCUGGACCUGGCACCCUGACCACCUCAUUAAGCUGAAGUGGUCUGGGUGCCUAGAGUGGUCCUUUAAUUAUCAUUCGGUAUACGAACAACAUAAGUCUAAUCUGUUUCCCCUCUGAACCAUAGAGGGGAAAAGGCACGAACAAAGCCUUUCCACAGUCCUGAACCAAGGUCUAAUACAUGGGCCAUAGGCCUGGGGCAGGAGGAUGGCAAGCAGGCCCUUCGAAGAACCAGUGGCGAGGUUAUUUUUGCCACAAACCAUUUGUAACAUAUUAAUGCCAAAUGAGGCUCCAGCAACACAUCCACUCUGUGCUGCUUGGGCGGUUCUGAUUGGGUGAGAGUGUCUGCUAACUGCAUUUAGUCUAUCACAGUGUCGUUGCAGGUAUGAAUCGGUAAGGCUACAAGCAAGUGCGUUAGCCAUACCUUCAGUAGGGGCCAGAUUAUUGGAACCCAGGGACCCUUAUUCAGUGUCAAACUGCUUGAAAAAGGACAGUGCCAGGGGACUCCAGCAUUAUACUGAAUUCAAUUAGAUGAAAUUGUUAUAGUGCCUACAGUGUCCCUUUAAGCUAAAGUUGUUUUAGUGGUACCAUACAUUCACUUGUAUGUAUUCUCGGCAUUAAUACUAAAUUAACAAUGUCUUGCUAUAAAUGUUUAAUUUUGGAAUUCUGCAUAGUAUAUGGCAUUGGAACCUUUAACGGAAGGCAGGCGUUCUGACUAACAUUGUAUGAUUAAGACUCUAUUUUAUAUACAUGUACACAGCUUGGGGGGCUGGAGGAAUGAGACACAUGGUUGGGGGCUGGGGCAUGAAACGCCUGGGGGCAUGGAGGGAAUGAGACAUGUGGUUGAGUGCUGGGGAAAUGAGACACAUGGGUGCACCAAGGGUAUGAGACACAUGGGGGAGUGAAUGAAACAAUAUGAAGGAGAGACUGGGGGUGAAUGAAACCCAUAAAGGAGGGGAUGAGGGUGAAUGAGGCACAUGGUGGCCUGCUGGGGAAUAAGGCACAUGGGGGGGAUUUAGGGGGAAUGAGACACAUGGGUGUGACUGGGGGAAUAAGACACCAUUUUCCAAAGCAUUGUUUUGUAUCAUGCUUACACAUGUUUGCCUAAUCUGUUUAUUAUAAAAAAUGAGGCUGCCUAUGCAGGAGUAUACUCAAACUACUGCUUUAGUGGCAUAUGUACUUUUGAUAUGAUGCCUUUUUUCUGUUUUUUACUUUGUAUUAAUUGUACAAAAAAUGAAAAUCAAGAGAACAAAAUUAAUAAGUGAGAAGAAAAUCAAUAAAAAUUAAUUUAAUAUAAAGUCAAUUUUUUUCACUCUUUUUUUCUUUUUUUGCAUGAAGACAAUGCCUCAAUAGUGAUGUCCCGAAUGGUUCGCCACGGACGGCGAACAUAAACGUAAACAUAACAUAAACGUAAACUUUGACCCUGUACCUCACAGUCAGCAGACACAUUCCAGCCAAUCAGCAGUAGACCCUCCCUCCCAGACCCUCCCACCUCCUGGACAGCUCACUAAGAAUGCAGCUUCACAAUGAAUGUAAAAUGAAUGCUGUCCAGUAGGUGGGAUGGUCUGGGAGGGAGGGUCUGCUGCUGAUUGGCUGGAAUGUGUCUGCUGACUGUGAGGUACAUGGUCAAAGUUUAUGUUUAUGUUCGCCGUCCGCGGCAAACCGUUCGGGACAUCACUAUGCCUCAAUAAAAGAAAGAUUGACAAAAAAACAACAAAAUCCAUUUUUUUUUAUUGAUUUUGUUCUCUUGAUUUCUGCUUUUUGUAUAAUUAAUAAUAAUAAUUUAAAUAUUUGGUUCUCUUGAACACUUCAAUAAGUUUAAUUGCGGCUCUUGAAUAUUAAUUUUGUUUUUUACAUGAGGCUCUUACAGGCAUGAAGUUUUGCCAACCCUGCUAUAUACUGUAGCCACUAACAAGUCCUUUCGUAUUUCCUUUCAGGAUUUCUUACCGCAUCUGCAAGAUUUGGCUCUGUCCCAAAAGUUAUAUGUAAGUGGAUUCUCUGUCCUAGUUCUCGGUGUUAACUCUGUUAGAAACAAUAUGUAAUGCUGCCAUCACUGUCUCUAAAGACCAUAUACCAGCAUGGAGCGUCUGGCUUAUUUAGUAUUGCCUGCAGCCUUUAAAUGGGUGGGCCAUCACUAAUUUAAUUAUGUUUUUGAAGGGGCUAUUGUGUUAUGAUGGAAUUAUUUCAUCCAUCAUUUUUCCAUAAGGGGUUAAAGAAGGCCUCUAAGUAACCAUACCCACUACUGUGCAAUUUAGUGAAUAGUGCAAUGAGUCCCUUGCCACUAUCCAGUGGUUAAAAGUUUAAAACAUUUUAGAUUGGCUUGAGACAUACCUGGGACCACUAGGUGCCUCCCUGACCCUUCUUGACAAAUAUUGGUUGCGUGGAAGCUCCCCUUCUCCUUUAGCAGUAUCAGUUUUGUCCAGCAUUGGACUAGAUGAGCUGACGAGUGGUCUAAGGACGACUAAGUCUAUGAAUUAAAUGUGGACUGAAUUGUGAAAAUGUUUUUUUUUUGCAAAUCUUUUUAUUGUAGAGAAGGCAAUAAGAAAAUGAGGCUUGCAGGCCUCCAUGGGAAACAUUGUGGAAAGAUGUAGCACAAAGCAUUUGUCAUUCCAUUUUAGAAUACAACUUAACAGACUUUGAAACAGUGUUUAGCUACAAUGUUAUUGUACAGGCAUGGUAUAGUUGCAGUGUAUACAGGUUUGAUUUGAGGGCAUUUUCACAGUGGUCACUCUCAGUCUAUAACUGGGCAUGUAUACACGAUUUUCGUUCCAUGCUCGGUGCGUGUCAUCCUGCAUGUGUAUUUACCGCUUCCUUCCACCAAGUAUGGAGCUUAUUUUUUCCCAGAUCAGGGAUGGGUUUAACAAAGAGGGGUAAAAGUUGUUUGAAAAGGAAAGAAGAGGAGAGGGUCCAUAGGUACAGGAGAGGCUUCCCCUGGUCUCCAUGUCACCAGAUCUGAGCAAGAUGUGGGCAAUAUGUUGGUACAAAGUGUUUGGGAAUUAUUUGGUUCUGGUAAUGCAUUGUGUGGCGUGUACCCUGGUGUGUGCAGGUUAAUCUGUGUCCGUGUAACCGUCGGUUGCUGUGAGAAUGUCUGGACGUUGACCUAAUGAGCUUUCUUGGACCUUCCUUCCCAGGGACCGGUCCAUAGAGUUGGUUGAGUAAUCUUCUGGUCGCCCGCCCGUGUGUUGUAUCCCAUAGUCUAUUUUGGGGGGCGUGUGGUGAGUGUUAGCAGGUCAUGUGAAAGGUGCGAGAGGUUGCGAAAUAAGUGUGCCGUCGGUCGUCCAAUGUUUGCGUGUGGGUGCGCGGUGUGAUGAAUGGUCUGUCUGGAGGUUGUGUUUUUCUAUGGGCGGUCUCACCUGCAGAGGAGAGGCGUCCUAAGAGAGGUGUACGGUCAGUAUAGUGGCAAGUUGAGUCCGGGGUGCGCCGCCUGGCUCCCCGUCCCCGAGGCGCACGGUGAGAGUCCGCUAUCUACCCGCCUGGUACGAGAACCAGGGUCGCCAUGUCUCCACGUGCCUGUUGAGCGUCCUGUCAGGGAUGCCUGCAGCGCCUCCGCCUCCUGUAUGUCUCCGACCCUGUGGAGCCAUUCCUCCUUUGUGGGGAUCUCUGAUCUCUUCCAGUAGACUGGAAUGAGGGAUUUGGCCACAUUCAAUAAGUGGCGUAGAAUUAGAGAUGGAAUGUGAUGUGAUAUGCAGCAGAGCUAAUUCUCUUGACCAUUCCGUGUCAUCUCCCAGAAUUGCCCCAAUUUCUGAGUGGAUCUGAUCCCAAUACGGGAUGAUGGCUCGCAUUCCCACCACAGGUGUAGCAGGGUACCCCUCUCUUCUUGAUAUCUCCAGCAUGUUGGGGAAGUCGUCGGGAAGACCUUCUGCAGCAUUACCGGUGUCCUAUACCACGUGGAUAUCAAUUUAUAGUUUACCUCUUUAUAGUAGGAGCUAGAGGAGGUUUUAUGUUGCCAAAGUAGGGCUGUUCCCCAUUGUGUUGGUGUGAGUGGUCUGUCCAAUUGCCGUUCUCAUAUUCUUUGGGAGGUAUUAUUAUCCGAGGUGGCCCCCACUAGCAGAUGCUGAUAGAGCGUGGAUACUGCUUUGUUGAGUGUGGCACCUCGGUAGCAUAAUUCUUCGAACCACGUAAGGUCUUUGUGUAGUAGAUUUCUGUGAGGGAGAGAAUCGUAGUAAUGUUUCAGCUGUAGAUAUUUGAGGGUCAUUAAGUGCGUCUUCGGUCUUUUCGCCAGCAGUGAGUCUAAGGACCAUACGGUUCCCCCUUCCAGAAUUGUGCGGAACGGGACAUAUUCCCUCUCCCCCAGGAAAGCCCAGGCUCCAGAUGGGAGGCCCCCUCCAAUAUUGGGAUUGUAGGUGACUGGGAGCAAGGGAAUAAGGAUUGGGGAGAUAUGCACCACUCUCCUAGUCGAUUCCCAGGUCUUCAACGUCUGUGCCACCGGGUUCCCGUCCUCCUCCUUCCCACAGCGUCCCCCCUGCCAUACAUCAGCCUUGAGUUUGGCCCCUGAUUCUCCUCUGUAUAGGGUCACCCAUUGUUUCGGGUCUUCCGCUGUGUGCCACUCCAGUAUACGUUGCAUUGUGGUAGCUUGGUGGUACUUUUUAAAAUCCGGGAGUGACAGGCCUCCUCUGGGUCUUGGUAAGCAUAACGUCUCGUGACGCAGUCGGGAUCUCUCCCCUCUCCAUACAUAUCGGAUGACCGCCGAUUUCAGGGCGGGAAAAAAAAGGCUGCCGGAAGCACCAUCGGGAUGGUUUGAAACAGGUAUAGGAUCCUCGGCAGCACGUUCAUCUUAAGAACCGCUAUCCGGCCAUGCCAUGUAAUAUGCAGGUAUGCCCAGCGUUCAAGGUCCGAUGUUAUUUUUUGCAAGAUGGUGGCAAAAUUGUGUUGAUAAAUAUCUUGUGGGUUGGUGGUUAUCCAUAUGCCCAGAUAUUUCAUCUUCCCUUCGCACCAGUGGAAUGGAAAGGCAGUGCUUAGUUCAGCAUAUUCAUUCGGAGGGAAGGUGACGUUGAGAACCUCACAUUUAGUCAGGUUAAGUUUGAAUUCUGAGAUCCUUCCAAAGCAUUCAAGUUCUAAGAGCAGGCAGGGCAUUGUGAUUCGUGGGUUAGAAAUGAAGAAUAGGAGGUCGUCCGCGUAUGCGGCCACCUUAUGUUCCGAUCCUUUCCAGGUGUAGCCAUAGAGUUCAGGGUUCUGUCGCACUGCCUGUAGAAGUGGUUCCAAAGACAUCGCGAACAAGAGGGAGGACAGUGGGCACGCCUGUCUAGUCCCGCUGUUAUUUUCGAAGCUGAUGGUUAGUGCUCCGUUCACUCUGACCGCUGCACGACGUUUAUCGUAUAAGGCAGAUAUCCACAGCAUCAUAUUAUGGCCCAUUCCCAUAGCCUUAAGCGUGUUCAUCAUAUACGGCCAAUUGAUCCGGUCAAAGGCCUUUUCGGCAUCCGUGGAUAGCAACGGAGAGGCGUUCUCGAGAUUUCCGUGCUCGGUUUUGUAUGGAAAAGAGGCGUAGCGUGUUGUCUCGCGCUUCCCAUCCAGGGAUAAACCCAGUCUGAUCUGCGUGGAUUAUACUUGGUAGUACGCAGUGUAGUCUGGUCGCCAGCACUUUUGUGAGAAGUUUCGUAUCCACGUUUAGUAGGGAAAUUGGCCGAUAACUACUGCAGUUCUCGGGGUCCUUCCCGGGUUUGAGCAGGACUGUGAUCGUGGCUGCCAGUGAUUCUGCGCCAAAGCGUCCUCCCUCCGUGCUGGUGUUAAUUGCUUUCGUCAGCCAGGGUAGGAGUAUUGUGGAAAAGUGUUUGUACUACCCCAUAGAAAAUCCGUCCAGACCCGGUGCUUUACGUACCCUUUUAUUCUUCAGGGCUGCCACUAUCUCCUCCCUGCUGAUCGGUUUGUCCAGUACGGUCGUCGUGGCCGGGUUCACCCGUUUGUGUACAUUAUCGGGUAAGAAGUUCUGGAUGAGCGUGGGGAUGGUAUGCCCAGGCAUUGUCCCAUCUUGAGCGGGGAUAUUGUAUAGGGUGUGGUAACAUUGAUAGAAUUCGUUCGCAAUAUCUUCUGGGAACGAGGACAUGGCCCCCGAGGAGAGGCGGAUUUUAUGUACCCUUGUACGUGGAGUGUCACCUUUCAGGAGGUGGGCCAGGAAUUUGCCGCCUUUGUUUGCGUGGGUAUAAAAGAAAUUGUUUGAAUAUUGUAAGGAGCGAUGGUAUCUACGCGUGAUACGGUCCCUAAGCCGGCGCCGGGCGUCCGUCAAUUCCUUUUGUGUAUCAGCGUGUUGGGUCCAUUUGUGUUGGAAUUCCAGCCUCGAGAUGGCCCCGUAUAUUUCAGCCAGCUCCUGCAUGGUCGCCUUCCUCUUGCGGGAGGCUAUUCUUAUAAGCGUGCCUCGGAUGACGCUUUUAUGUGCUUCCCAGAUAGUUAUUGGCGGCGUAUCUACCACGUAGUUUUCCCGAAAAUAUAGAUCCAAGGCUUGUGUAACUUUCCCGGCCACCGCAGGUUCCUGGAGCAGGGACUCAUUCAGUCGCCAGGUCCAGUGUGCUGGUUUAAACAAUGGAGACUCCAGUUCCACCAUCACAGGGCCGUGAUCCGACCAAGUGGCGGGGCCUAUGGUAGCCGCUCGGAGGAGCGACAGGCCCUCCUGUUGGAGCAGUAUGGAGUGCCGAAUUGUGGGUGUAAUCCCAUGCGGAGAACCCGGCGUCAGUUCCCCCGAUCCCCCCUCCAUAGCUAGAAGUAGGGUCCCUUCCUAGUGCAGUCCACUAGGUGUUAGUGCUCGGUGCAGCAACAGGAGCGGAGGGCCAGGCGGACGGCCCCAGCAGGGAGGUGGAGUUACUGUCGUGUGGGCUGAUGUGUACAGAUACGUCCCUCUCCCCCCUUAGUCCUGCAGGGUGUGUUUGGUCAAGUGACCCCUACUGUUACCGCCACAAUAGGUGGUGGGUGCGGUCAGUGUGAUGAGGGCGUGAAGUACGACUGUAGUGUAAAUCUGUAUCAGAGCCAGGGGAAGUUUACCAGGACAAUUUGAGGAGUAGUGGGUAGGGUGAGUGAAGGAGGAUAGAGGGGGGGAGGGGAAAGGGGGAGAGAGACAAGGCCCCCAAGUAGAGGUGUCUCCUAUAAGGGGAUGAGAAAAGGGAGUUCACCUCGAUGGUGCAAGGAGGCAGUAGUCGUGCGACAGCCGGAGUUGCCAGAGGCCACCCCAGUAACCAGACCGAGAUGUGGACCUCCAGGGGCUCCAUCGUCAAGGAAAAUGCACGACCCCUAGUUGGAGUCAAUGGCUCCGCUCCACUCCGGUAUGGAUAUAAAAGACAGGUGUGGUGUCAGUAUACUACUUGCUGGAACCACAGCCUAGUGGUAUAUUAGGUACAUAGUAUAUAGGACGCCACUUAACGAGAGUAACAUGAAAUAACAUAAAUUAACAGUGCAACAUUAGGAGUGUGAUAUCAGCCUGGAGACUUAUAAACCUUAGAUAAAUGGCCUAUCCCUCCCGUCAGCUUAAUCUUCGUCCUCCCCCAACCCCCCAGAGCCCCAAGGCACCCCUUUUGUGUGUGGGACAACCGUAAAAGGCCUGCUCAUUUCCUUCCGCCCCCUCAUAAAGGGGGAGGUCAGACCCGUCCGCCAGGUUUAUGCAUAUGUAAGCUGAAGCUCCUGUCUCCCCUUCAGAUCCCCACCCUCACCCCUAUCCUGGACGACUGCCCCAUAAUGUUGGUAGUGGAAACUAAUGUGCUCCUCUCCCCUCGCCUGAGCUGUUGUCCCCCUCAGAGGCCAUCUCCCCCCACCCCCCCCUGGUGGGGAAAUUAUGAUGCGAGGCUGAGUAGCCUAUCACCCCCAGCUAUGAGCUAAGAGGUAUCAUGUUUAAUACAUGAGGUGUGUAUAACAAUUAUGUGUGACGUGAAAUAUGAAUGCGGUACAUUAUGUGCAACAAUCAUUAAUGUUGUAUAAGGCAUAGUUGCUAAGCGAGGUAUGCAAGCAGUGGUUGGUGCUGACGGGCACUGCCCUGUUCCGUAAGUCUAGACCAUAGGUCUUCCAGGGUGUUGGUUCGGGGCUGCAACAUCAAUGUCCUUCCGCUCCCUGCCUCAUCUCAUGUGGAGGCGUCCCCUAUUGUAGUUGGUAAUAGAUUUGUGCCAUAAGGCCAAUUUCAGGGCCCAUCAAAAGCAAGAAUAAUUCCCUGCAGCAAACCCCCCUCCCUCCAAAUCAAUCUGCAGAGCAAUCUGUUGUGCCAGCCCUUAUGUCGGUGGAUCCCUCUCCGGGAGUCCCGUAUAACAAAUGUGAGACCCCAAGCUCCUUGGGGGCAAGGGGUGCAGAACAGCCCAAACCCAUCGUCCCGGCAGCGGAAAGGGAUCACACGGUGGGAAAAAACAGGGAGGUAUCCUCCCAGCAUCACGGUCCAGGAGGUGGGUCAGUGAGACAGCGGUACCAGUCACAGUGUCCGUGUAGGGUAGGGAGUCCCCGCAUCCAAAGGGGCCAUGAGGGGAGAGUGAUGAAAAGAGGUCCUGCAUAUUACUCCGGUGCCUCUGGGUUGUUGCGUCUACGGGGAGCCAGGCCUCGUGGCAGGUCAUCUUCUUGCCUCCUGGGUGCCCGCUGCUGGCGGGGUUCCCCCCCCCAACUCCAGUGGGCCCAGGACCCAAUCCGGGACGGAUAUCGGCAGCAAGUCCAGCUCUUCCAGGAACCUUGGAAUCUCCUCGGGCCAGCGGACCGAUGUCCAGCCAUUCUGGUGGCGAGCUAAUAGGGCCAUUCUGGUGGCGAGCUAAAAGGGAAAGCCCCAUCUAUAAGGUAUGUUCCACUCCUGUAGGGCCGCGGAUAUAGAUUUCAGUGCUUUUCUUGCCUCCAGUGUAAUGGGUGAGAGGUCGUUGAAUAGGGAGACCGCCGCUCCCCUGUAAUCCCAGGUCGGUCGGGAGCAGGACGCCCUCAUGAUGGCGUCUUUAUCCUGGUAAGAGUGGAGACAACAUAUCAAGUACCAUGGACUAUCCUGUAAAGACUGAGGGCGCAGGGCUCUGUGUGCCUGUUUGAACCUAAGGGUUUGGGGUGCCGCCUCUCCCAGUAUCAGGCGGAAAACAGGCCAGUGAGAGUGUCCUCUGCAUUCUCUCCCAAUCUGUUUCAGGGACCCCACGGACUCUGAUAUUACAUCUGAGCCCCCUGUUAUCCAGGUCCUCUACUGUCAGUCUCAUGUGUAGUAGCAUCUCACCUUGGCAUGCAAGGGCCGUAUCGGUUGACGAUUGCCUCGUGGUGUAGGCCUCGUGGGAGCGUUCCAAAUCACCUCCGUCCGAAUGCCCACCAUAUCAGCUCGCAGUGCAUCCUGUAUGGUGGUGGUAAGGACCAGGAGGUCUGCUUUUGUAGCCAUAGCAGCAGCCAUAGUGCGGAGUUUAUCCCCAAUCCUCUCCAGUGCGGCGCCAUGCGGUUCCCUGGGGGAUGGGGCCGUCAGCGCCAUGUUGGAGCCACUUGCCUCCCCAAUCGUGUCGGAUUUAGACUGGAGGAAUCCGUCCAUCGGGCCGUGUUGGUGACCCAGCUGGGACCCCCUCGGGGUCUGGGGGGUAUCUGUGUGUCGGUGGAGUCCCAUAAAGGCAGUUAUUUGCUUAUUAUUAGGCUGAUUUGGGCACUGGUGGAGCGGAGCUCACGGUCUAUGCGUCCACCCCGGUCAGAGCUCAAGCCACGCCCCUGAAUAGUGAAAAUGUUAAUGCAUGAGUAGGCACAUAGGUUUUAUCAAUAUCUAUGAAGAGUGUCCUGAAAAUAGAUUGACUUGUAACAGUGAAACCACACUAAGAGUAUAUAUUUUUUAAACAAUUUGUAGGACAAACUUUUCAUGUGCUUCAAACUGACUAUGGCACAGCCAUGUUUUGUACAGAUGACUAUAAAGUUGUGCUGUCUUUCUAUUUGAAAGUUACUGUUGCUUGUUUUGUUUUUGUUUUUUGAUUUUGAAUUGUUUUCGUGUGAGUGAUUAUGUUGUAUUUGUUUCCUGAAGUUGCUGGUAUGUGUGGAUACCUAGCAGGAAAGAUUUCAUAUAUGAAAGUAUGUCAAGAAAAAUUCAAGAAACUUGAAAAUUCGCCACUAGGAGAAGCACUUCGCAAAGGGCACAGCCCUUCAUCACUACAGUAAGAGAACCUUAAUUAUCUAUACUUAUUAAUGUGUAGCUAUCUACUGUAGGCGAGAAUUUAAAUGUCUGUUUACUGCCAUAUCUGAGCAACCAAAAUCAUCAGAUUCUAGAAGCUUAAUGUUUUUUAGCUUCAUCAUAGAGAUUGUUGUAAUGUAAAAAGUAGCUAAGUUGAAAAAAGAAAACCAGUCUGAAAAACUGUAUAGAAGAUCACAAGACUAUGGUCCCACUUUGGUAUUCACAGUGCCAUUAAGAAAGUGGCUGAGAUCCCUCUGCCAAAUCUGGCUUUUUUCUAGCUGUCUGAGGGAAAAUUACUGACUAGGUUUGUAUUUAUGAAAUCAUGCAAGCUUACUAGUUCUCCUUUUAACUUCUCAUUCUAGUGCAAUACCAAAGAAGGUGGACAGAAGGGAAACUAUUGUCCCAUAGUAACAAAUGCUAUUUUUGAGCCUCUAGGUUCCCUUUAGGCAAUUUAUUUGUUAGAGGAGUGUCCAUUGGAUCUUAUUAUUUACAGUCAAUCCUAAAACAACGAAUCUGUUAGGCAGAGAAUGCAUUUGAGAUAUAAAAUGGUUUAUACUAGAUGCACUGGAAGGGCCCAUUGUUUGCACUGUAAAUGUUUCUGUCCCUUAUGACUGUUUGCCAUGGUGAUGUCAUUUCAUGUGUGACCUUUGUUGCAUAGCAAUUAGAACACAAAACAUGAAAAUGUCCUGCCUCAAAGGAGACCUUCUUCCUUUAUUUUUGUCAAUGUUACAAAGCUAGAGUACAUCUCUCUUGUUCUUGUACAAAACAAAUGAUGUCAUAAUUCAACCAUAGAGCCUAUUAAUAUUGGUAGAAUUAAUUUAAUUGUUUUUGUGAGAGGUUUGGACAGCAAAUCAAAAGAGAGAAAAUACUAUUCUGUAAUGGGGGAAAUGGAUUUUGUAACAAAAGCAAAGAGAAGGGGCAUAUAUAAAGGGGAGAAGGAGGACACUAUAGUCACCAGAACAACUACAGCUUAUUGUAUUUUGUUCUGGUAAGUAGAAUCACUCCCUUUAAGCUUUUUUGCAGUUAACACUGUUUGGCAUGUGCUGGCUCUGCUCCUGAUCUGCCUUCUUGACAAUCUCAUCCAAUCUUAUGGGAAAGCAUUGUGAUAGGCUGGGAGAAUCACUUCUGAUGUCAGCCAAGCAGGCAGAUCAGGGGCAGAGGCAGCAGCUUCAGACUUGGCUAAAAGUAAGAUUUUACUAUAUUUAGGGGGGUAAGGGUGAGCUAGAAGGUAGUUUUAACACUAUAGGGUCAGGAAUACAUAUUUGUGUUCCUGACCAUCUAGUGUUCCUUUAACAUAUAUAAAGCACCCAUGUUUGAGGGAAUGAUGGACAAUUUCAAUGAGUUUGGGUAGUUAGAUGUGACUUGUAGAGGUCCCUCUGUUUAUUGGUUCCGUAUUACCCGGUAACCAUUGUUGGAGUCCUAAAGGCAGCAUUUCAGUGACUUUGGUGAAUGAUCUUAGGAACAAUUUCAUGCAGUGAGGGCUUGGUACCCUUGCAUAGUUUCACCAAAAACAGUCAGGCAGGUGUUGAGAUACUCUGGGUAUUGUAUUUAGAUUUGGAGUAAAAAAUACAAAAAAAAUGUUUAAUCUUUUUAUUUUCAAGUCGAAAAGAUAACAUUGGGUAAUGUAUAGGUAAAGAUUUUAGUACAAUAAUAUACAGAAGUAAAGGUAUUGCAUAAUACAGAACAAUUUAGGCCGCAGGUGUACCACAUGCCUGUGUGAAGGAGGGGAUUUGUUUACACUGUAAUUGGAACAGAAGCAGCCGUGUUUAUCCUGUGCUUUCAACUGAUCAGGCUUUUAGGGUACAGUGAGUGGUCACCAGGCCAGUCUGAAGGGAUUAGUGUUCUGGAGGGCCUCCCCCUCUCUCUCCUAUGGAGGGUAGGUAUCCUCCUCACACUUUAGUGUGAGUUUCGGUUGUCAAAUGCCCGUGUCAUGGAGUUAGGGUCCUGAGUAGUUUGUCGUCUAGUGGUGCCUCGGGGCUCUUUCAUGUUCCUAUGGGGUUGCCCCCUCUCCAUGGGUUGGGACGGGCUGUCCGUUCCCAAUCAUCAUGCGUCCACAUCUCGAGUGAUUGUCCCCCGUGCUGUUAUGAAGGAGCCGUGAAUGUCGUGGCUCAUAUGGGUCGAGGGUUAUGGCCUAGUAGUGGGGUCAUUGGAAGUAGGUAGGUACAGGAAGUAGGUAGGUACAGGUCAUAAGGGUAGUCUUGAGCAAGGGGAGGAGAGUGAAAGGGGCCCUGGUGUAGGGAUGCGUGAGCAUGCCCGGCCGCUGGACCCCUCCCACCCUGGGUGGGGUUAUUGGAGGAUGGGGGGGGAGGAGAAGGAAGAAAAAUAAAACUGGGGAGUUGGCAUGGCUGGGGGAGUACGGUGAGUAAUCUGGUACUGUUGGUUCGAUGAAAGGCGGUCCUGGGUGUGAUUGGGUCCUGUCUGGGCCUGUAUGGGUUGCUUAGGGGUUGGCUACCAUGGUAGAGACUUGUCCAAUACUUUGUGAAAGGAUUUGGGUGUUUCGUUUAUUUGUGCUGAGAGUCUGUCCAUGUCUAUGCUAUCUUGUAUUUUCCUGGUUAUCGUGUUCUGUGUGGGUCUGUCUGUGGUUGACCACACCUCCCCCAUUGCCCUUCAAGUGGCUAGAGCUACUCGAGCGAUCAGUUUGUUUUCGGCCCUUGUGUGUGUUUCUAAGGGUUUGGAUAAUAGGAGGGCCCAAGGGUCCAGUGGGCAAGGUUUGGACAGAAGGCUAGUAAGGAGAGAAGUGAUGGAUUGCCAGGUGGGUUUUAGUUUAGGGCAGGUCCACCAGCAAUGGUAGAAUGUCCCCACUUCCCUCAUAGAUUAGUUGGCAAGCGAUGCAUGACAGCUGAUCUUUGGGGUGUUAAGUACCAGCGGAAAAGCAUUUUAUAUGCUUGCUCCUUAUGGGUUACACAAAUUGUGAGGGAGGAGAUUACCAUACAUUGCAGCUUCGGAAACAGACCUAGGUUCCCCCGAUGAUGCCCCAGACUGGUCGGAAAUAUGGGAGGAAGAGUUAUUUGUGUUAAGUGUGUUGCAAUUGUAAGGUAAAGAUCCGAUAUUUGACCUUUUCUGGUUGGGGCUGCCACGCAAUCCCUUUCGAAGCUGGUUAGGUGAGCUUUGCCUGCCUGUUGGAUGCUAGGUGAUGCAGUGAAGCUGCAUAUAUCUAAACUAAUCUAAUGUAGAUAUAGAUGCGGAGUCAGGGAUUUCACUGUAUUCAAUGAUUCGGUCAUUGAGGAACAGGUUGCCAAGUCUCGUUAUCUCUCUCCUUUCGCAUUGGGCGUAGUGUUUGACUGCGAACCACGGUGGGAACAGUCUGUUUAGGAGGAUAGGGGUCAAUGGAGAUAGGUAUGAGGAUAGGUUCGAAUUUUAUAUGUAAUUUGUCCCACAAAUCGAGGGAGUGAGUAAUUGUGGGCGCUGUCGGAGGGGUAGGGGGCCGCGACUGCAUUGGGAGCCACAUAUAUAAGGAGGGGUUGUCCCAUCCUAAGAUAGAAUGUUCAAUGUCCAUUCAUCUUUUCUUUAAGGGUGGCAAGUGCCACAUCUGUAUUUUGGCUAAAUGGGCUGCGCAUAUGUAGUGUAGUAGGUUGGGGAAACCUAGGCCUCCUGAUUUUCUGGGGAUGUGUAGAGUUUCCCGACGGACCCUGGGCCUGGAACAAAUCCAUAUGAAUUUGUUUAUAGCAGAUUGUAGGGCGGUAAGGUCUGACUUUCGGAAUGGGACAGGGAGGGCCUGGAAAACGUAUAAGAAUCUGGGUAGGAGAUUCAUCUUGAUGGAGGCGACCCAGCCCAUCGACGAGAUCUCAGAAGUUUCCCAUGUGCAAAUAUGCACAAUGGGAACUUGGAUUGCAGUUGUAUGAAAUCAGUGUCCGUUAUGUAGAUCGGGAGGAGUUCAGAUUUCGCCAAGUUGAGUUUGUACUCUGAGAUCACGGAGUAGGAGUGUAUCAGGUGUAGCAAAUUGUCAAUAGAGGAUGUCUGGUUAAUUAAGGUAAGGAGGACGUCGUCUGCACAUGCAAAGACUUUGAUGGGUUGUCCUCUGAUGGUGAUACCCUACACUGCCGGGCUGGACCAUAUCCACUCCAGGAGGGGUUCCAGGGAAAGAGCAAAUAAAAAAAGUGUGAAAAUGGGUGAAAGUGUCCAGGUUCAUCAUGGGGCUUAUCAGGUUUUGGGAGGAGGCAUAUGUUAGCCGUGACCAUGUCUGCUGGGAAUUUGUCCUCGCGGAGCAUGGCAUUGAAUACUGCGCAUAGGUGUUUUAGUAAGUGUGUGCCACAGACUUUAUAGUACAAGGCCACAAAUCCAUCAGGGCCUGUGCUUUUGUUGGGCUUGAAUGAUCGAAGGGCGAUGGUCAUUUCUUCUAUAGUCAGUUCCUCCGCUAGGGUCUGGCUGGAUUCUGUGGAUAGGGUAGGGAGUUUCAGGGCGUCCAAGAAGGCCCACGUGGGGUGUUCUGUGAGGCUGUGGUAUAGUAGCGUGGUUAUAAAGAUCAUUGUAUUAGGCCCGGAAAAUUUUCCCUACGUGCUCUGGGAGAUCACUCGCUUUUUACAUCCGGUGUAUGGAUGUGCGAGAUCUUUCGCAUCAAUGCAGCAUUUUAGCCGUCAGGCGAGCAUAGAGUCGGCUUUAUUGCUCUUUUCGUAAUACUGCUUGUGCCAAAUAAGGGCAAAGAUUCGGUCAUUGAGGAACAGGUUGCCAAGUCUCGUUAUCUCUCUCCUUUCGAAUUGGGCGAAGUUAGGCGCUUUAGAAGGUCUCUAGCAGCUGUUAAUUGGGUGAGGAGGGAGGGUCACGGGAUCUUGUUUAAUGUGGGAUUCUAAGCGGUGGAUUUGCUGUUUCUUUAUGGUGGUCACAAUGCUAAUUAACUUCCCGCGAAUCAUAGUCUUAUGGGCCACCCAGAGGGUUAUAGGGGAUGUCGUCGAGGGGGUGUUCAGUUCAAAGUAUUCUGUAAGGUCUUUGGACAGUGUUUCCAUUAUUUCAAUGUCCUGUAAUAGCAAACGGUUAAGUUUCCAGGACCAAAUCAGGUUGUGCAUAUUUAUUUUUAAGGAGAUGUCAGCCUGGUCAGACCAGGUGAUCGAGACAAUGCUGGUGGAGGUUACCUGAGAGAGGACAUUCGGGGCCACUAGGAAGUGAUUGAUUCGGGAAUACGUCUUGUGAGUGUGUGAAAAAACAAUUUUGUUUUAUAUGCAAAAUUCCACAAAACCACUCUCUACUGAAAAUGAUCCUGUUUCUGAAGUCCCAAUUGUAGGCAAACCAGAAUCAUUCAUCAAAUAUAAUGUGUGUUUGGCAGACUUGUGGAUCUGUAACAUAGUUCUAGAAUGAAGUACAGUUUGUCCUUCCUUUCCCAUGUCUCUAUGAUUCUAACUUUUUGUCAUGUUUGCUUGGUGACUGCUACAGGUAUGCAAAUCCCAACUGUACAAUAUGUAGCGGUAACCUUGGUAUAUAUAUAUAAAAGAGAGAGAGAGAGAGAACAUGUCAGGAUAAAAAUACUUGGCAACAAAUUGCUGAAAUAAAACUAUAUGGUUAAAUGGAGCAUAUGUCAAUGCCUGAAUGUUUUGUUACAUUUACUUAAAUACCUUUGUAGGAAGAUAAAAUUAGAACUAUCGCAUCAUCUAUUGCACACAUAGGAUUUUCCCCUAUUUUCUCAAGAGAGGAAGUUGAAACCAGGUGCUUGCUAGUAAUUAUCAUGCAAUGUUUCAUGGGCCAGGUCCAGCUGUACUGCAACCGCCAAUAGAUAAGAUGUAAUGUACCAAUGAGACCUGGUCCAUUAUGUUAACUUUGCAUGGUCUGUUAAUUAUUGAACAAUAAUUACUGGAAUAUUGACCCUGAAACAAGGAAGCAGGAUUAUUCAGGACACUGUAAGGCUGCUUGUAAAAUAAAUAUAUGAGACUGGAGACUGUGUGAUUUAAAUAGUUUCUUACUUACUUUAUGUCCAUCAGAUGUUCUGCCAGAACAAUAAGGAUAUGAUAAUGUGAUUUUAUUUUUUUAUUUAUUUAUUUAUUUAUUUAUUAUAGGACAUUGGGCUCAUCUCUCAAAAAUAUAUAUUGUAUGGAUUAUUGUAGACAAAAACUCUGAAUAUAAAUUAUAUUUAUGUGGUGGGUGGGGGGCAGUAGGCAAAUCUGUAAUGUUAGGAUAUCCUCCAUCACUAAAUAUUGAUGGGGUAGAAAACUGGAAUUUGACCUGAUACGCUCCUUAGUAGUGGCCGGGGAAGACUUGCCUUGACAGCCACAAUAUUAUAUAUAGGAUCAGACACUAAGAGGGUUAUUCAUUAAAGUGAGAAUUGUCAGGAAUUCUAAAUUAAUUUCAAAUUUAAGCUCAACAUAGCCGAACUGAUGAAAAUCCAUAUCUUCCAGUUCAGCGAUUUUGGCCUCAAAUUAGAAAUAAACUUUAAAGGAUCACUAUAGGGUCAGGAACACAAACAUGUAUUCCUGACCCUGAGUGUUAAAGCCACCAUCUAGCCACUCUGGGCCCCUCAUGCCUCCCUAAAUAUAGUAAAAUCUUACUGUAUUCAAACCAGAAGCUGUAGAUCUGCAUGCUGUUUGCCUCAAAAAAAAACAAGCCUGAUCUAAUCACAAUGCUUCUCCAUAGGAUUGGCUGAGACUGACAAAGAGGCAGAUCAGGGGCAGAGCCAGCAUGAUUCAAACACAGCCCUGGCCAAUCAGCAUCUCCUCAUAGAGAUGAAUUGAAUCAAUGCAUCUCUAUGAGGAAAGUUCAGUGUCUGCAUGCAGAGGGAGGAGAUACUGAAUGUUUGGAUGCAUUUUAGGCAGCUGUGACCCAGGAAGGAUCUCUAACAGCCAUAUAAGGAGUGGUCAGUGAAGUUAUCACUAGGCUGUAAUGUAAACACUGCAUUUUCUCUGAAAAGACAGUGACUACAGCAAAAAGCCUGAAGGUAAUGAUUCUACUCACCAGAACAAAUUCAAUAAGCUGUAGUUGUUCUGGUGACUAUAGUGUCCCUUUAAAUUCCCAGAAAUUCUCACAUUGGUAAAUAACCCUUUAAUGAGAUUGGGGAAUGAGACAUUUUUUGCAGUAUGAGAACAUGUAAUUCUUAACAAUUUGAUUAAUUUAUAUUGAAGACUUGACAUCUGUGUUGGUUAACAUUCUGAUCUGAAUGUAGAAACUUUAUUGAUCUGUUCAGUUUAUAAAAUGACGCUUUCUAAAGAACAGUUAUGCUAACUUUCAGGUCUGCGGGCAGAACAUCUGAAUUUUCUGAAGGCGGUUAUGGGAACACUCCUCCUCCUUCUGCUGGGCAAUUAAGUGUGGAAACCCAACCUUUAAAAUCCAGUCCUACAGAUGCCCCAUUCAGCUCUUCUUUUAGUGAAUCUUCAACCACUGGCAUUACAGAUGGUCUGGCACAAGGUAUUUUACGGCCUGUCGCCUCAGGCCUUAUUCUUUCUAUGCAGACAUUAUAAAAAGCAAUAUAAAUAUAUAUGUUUCCAAAUUUAAAAUUAAAAUGUAUCAUGUGAAAAAAAAAUUAACCAUCAUUAUCUUGAAUAGCUCAGUGAAUUAAUGGAAGUUGGCAGCAAUAACUACUUACUUGUCAGUUCAUUUAGCAUAGGUAUUUUAAUGCUCACAAAGGCCAGGUUGUGAGCGACCUGUGUCUAUGCCUUUAUAAAUAGAAUUUCACGAACAUGAGAUGGAGACAGCUAGUCUUUCCAGUCAUUAUCUCUUACUUCCUCUUGGUGUUAUUUUCAUAUAAUACUGUAUAUGUACAUUUGGGCAGCCUUUCACAGAUACCAUGUGUACAUAUGCCAAUUUAUAGCAUCAUAAUACUGCUGCUUGAUACUAUGCACCACUAUUAUUGUUAUAAUGUAAAUCUGAAAUAAAAAUAAAUACAUUUAAAAAAAUAUAUAUAUUUUGCAAAAUAAAGUAUUUCUUUAACAGCCAGUAAUAGCAGUUUAUGUGCAUUAUUAAAAAAUGCCAGUCUUUGGCAACAGUUCAUUGAGGGGAUAUAUUGUUAUUGUAGAAGUCCUUUGCAGUCGUUUUACUAAAUAUGUUGUUUGCUUAGAAUGCAGCAUUUUUGCUGGUUCAGUUACAAUACUUUUUCAGUAUGGUUUAUCCAUUGACACAUACUGUAUGACAGCAUUCAGGCUAGCAAAGCAUCAUGGGGCAUGUAGUUCUACAACAUGUGAGAAUCUACCUUAUGUUUUUCAUUGUAUUCUUGUUCGAUCUGUUCAUCAUAGAACCGGCACCUUUUGAAGAAGAAAUCCCUAAACAGAGAAAAUUGACAUAUGAUGAAUUAAGAAGCAAGAACCGAGAAACCUAUGAGAUAGCUGCAUCUCAAAGAGCAGACACUCCUGUGAGACCCUCGCUGGAGAGAACCCCCAGGAAGGAUGGUACAGUGAUUUAAAUUUUACAUCCAGAAAAACAGUACUCCGUGAUUAUUGUAUAAUUUUACUUUACAACAGUUAUAGCAACGCUAACCGGGUUAUUCACUAAGUGUGUUUUCUUGGUAAUUCAGGGUGAAUUAAAAAUUUUAUGUCAAAAUAGACAAAAUUGACAUCACAACUGAAUUGGAGAAUGGUUCCAGUUUGGCUAAUUUGGCAUCAAUUUUGGAAUUCACUUGCAGUCCUUAUAAUUCAUACAUUAGUGAUUAACCCAAUCUACUUUAAUUCCAAGUGUUGCUUCUUUGCCAAACACAAAUGCUAAAAGAAAUGCUACAAGUGUGGUACCAUUUGGAACUACAUUUGGGUCUACAUCCCUGUUUGAUGCUUUUUACCAGCAUUCUGGCUGUAAGAGCAUUAUGGGACAACAUCUAGAGUACCAAAGGUUGCCUACUCCUGUGCUACAACCUGAAUGGUGUAUACGGGACGCCUUUUUACACUGCCUCCGUGUUACUGCUGAUUAGAUAAGGAAACUGCAGCUUUCCACCUUCACUGCAAAGCUCUUUUAAUAAAGUGCCUCAAAGGUACUUCAGCAACAUUUCGACUGUUGUAAAUGAAAUUAACACAAGGUUAAAAAGGGUAGUAAAUUUAUCAUGUGACAUAUAUGGAAGUAUAUUAUCUAUUGAUCAUGUAAUAUCAUUGUGUUGAUCAGGAUUCAUAAAAACAAUAGGAGUGCCAGACCUUUUCUUAUUUAUUUUUUUCAUAUUAUUGAUUUAAGGGACCAGAAUCUUUGGACUCUCUGGGUGAUAAUUUGAUGAGUCUUUCCUACAUUUUAUUUUUAUUACCACUGAGUAACCUGGAACGGAAUGCCAAAAUGUGUGCCACCUGCAGUGCCAGUUUAUGGGAUGUUUGUGGGUGACAUUCUCUCAUGUUACUACAGUUAGAGCUCUGUUACAUGAAAAUUAUGACCAGAAAGUGGCUAAAGCCAUCUCAAUAGACUGAAAAUGAAACAAGGGUCUACUUUCAGUAAGUAAAAUGUGACUGAUGUUGAGCACUGGAGUCCCCAUGCUUUACACUAAACAAAUAAUCCUUUCUGGCAAGAUAUAAAACUGCAUGUUUUUUUUUACCAUUUUUCAUACCUCCAUAGAAUGGAAACUUGGAGUUCUCCAAUGAAUCUUAGUGGUUAUUGUGCUUGGUGUAAUGCUGUAACAUAUUUUUGUAGCACUUUUUAUUAGCGCGCUGAAAUCACUAUAGAAUGAAUACACUACCAUUGCAGUCACAUCAAAGUUAUGCUCAUUUUACAAAUCCAAGCUAAAUCGUUUACAUUAUUAUUUUAUUUUAUUUUUAAUUGCAGCUAAAACAAACAAAUAUGGCGACAUAUGGGAAGAAUGAAGAAACAAAAUAUUCUGAAGAAAUCUGCACUGUUUUUUCCUCAUAUAUAUAUACUUGGAUGGAUCCUUUUGUAUGUAAACAAUUCUGACUACAAACCAUGCAAAUUCAGACAAUUAAUUUGCUUAUAAUUGAGCUGCACACAAAUCUGACAAAUCAAUGUACAUGGAAAGUUGCAUUUAUAUUUUCACAUAUUAAAAUUACUUUUCUGGAACCAUAUCUGCACUAAUGUGUUGUAUGUUUUAUGAAAUUAUACUAUACUAUACUAUUAUUAUGAACGUCACACUCUCG